AUGCCCCCUCCCAAGAUCACUCUAUAUCUGGACAUUGUCAGUCCUUUUGCUUAUAUUGCAUAUUAUGUUACCAGACACUCCUCCGUCUUCGCAAAAUGUGAAAUGACCUAUGUCCCCGUCUUCCUCGGUGGAAUCUUGAAGGCAUGCAACAACCCUUCGCCCAUUAACAUCAAAAACAAAGGCACAUGGACAAACAUUGAACGAAAGCGCUGGGCGAAACACCUCAAUGUGCCUAUGUAUCCUACAUUUCCUGACGGAUUCCCUAUUUUGACAUUGAGUGUCCAACGGGCCCUCUGCGCCAUUCCAGAAGCAAAAUUACCAUCCUGCUUCGAUGCCUUAUACAGGGCGUUCUGGGUCGAAGGCAACUCAAAGAUCAACAACCCAGAAACUUACCUCCCCGUUCUAGAAUCUGCUGUGGGCAAGGAGAUUGCCAAAGAUGCGCUGGCUAAGUCGUCUACACAAGCCAUGAAGGACCGUUUGAUCGCCAAUAGCGACAAGGCUGUGGAAAGCGGUUCCUUUGGCCUUCCUUGGUUCGAAUGUACCAACGGCCGUGGGGAGACAGAGUGUUUCUGGGGAGUUGACCAUAUGGGCCAGGUUGCAGCAUUUUUAGACCUGGAUACCACAUCUGACAAGGGGUUUAAGGCUAUGAUGUGA